UUCAGUUUUCUUCCGCUCGCCUGCGCACCGCUGUCUCGACUUUUCUGUGCUGGGAGCCUGAAAAAGCUUCGAGAUUUGUGGGGUGUUCCUCUUUCGUUACUCUCUAAAAGGUUACAUCCUUGUUCUCGUUUAACGUCUUUUCUGCCUUUCUUCUUCGUCUUCUUCGUAUUCUUCGUCUUCUUCUUCCCGUUCUUCUUCUCUCUCUUGUCGCUCACGCUCAUGGCGGCCCCCGCGGCUUUUAGCGCGGCGCGACGCGCAAAGGUCGAGGAGAUGGUGGACGACUUCAUCUACGCAGCGCGCGUCGGCGAUGCCGCAGAUCUGGAGACUACCCUCGCGGCGCUGAAGGCGGAGUUCGAGGAGCCUCACAGUCUCUGUCGCUUCCUGGCCGAGACUGGAAACAGAGAGAAGAAAGCGAAGAGGAACGACUCGCAGGCGCCGGCAUGCAGCUGCGGCCAUGACGGAAGCAACGCCCGCGUCGUUGACCUUCAGGACCCUGUGACUGGGCAAACGGCAUUGCACAUGGCCGCCGCAAAUGGUGAAGAAGAAAUCGCGAAAUUCCUCAUUCAAAAAGGUGCCAGACAUCUGGCGAACAACAUGGGCAACACACCUCUCCACUGGGCUGUGACAAAUCAGAAGCUGGCAAUCGUGAAGCUCCUUCUCGACUCUUCGUCGCCUCCCAGCGACUCUGCAUCUGCUUCGUCUUCAGGAGCUUCUUCUUCAGGAGCUUCUUCUUCAGGAGCUUCGUCUUCAGGAGCUUCGUCUUCAGGAGCUUCUUCUUCAGGAGCUUCUUCUUCAGCAGCUUCUUCUUCAGGAGCUUCGUCUUCAGGAGCUUCGUCUUCAGGAGCUUCGUCUUCAGGAGCUGCGGCGUCUCCUCCGUCUGCGGGUGCGUUCGUCGUCGACGUCCUUGCCCAGAACAAGGUCGGCAAGAGUGCCAUUUCUGAAGGUUUCAACGCGGGGAACAUGGAGAUUCUUCAGCUGCUCCUGGAGCACUACUCGGCAAAGGCUCUCGAAGAGACGUAUCAGCCUGCCUCGCAGUCGAGAGAAGACGCGGGUGAAGCGCUCAGCGAGGCCAGCAGCGUCGGCGCCGCAGUGCCGGGAACACCGUCGCGCCCAACUCUGAUGGAGCGUUCUCCAGGUUCUGCAGAUGCAUGCGCGGCAGCGAGUUGCCUAGUGCAGGAAGUCACGCAUGCGAUUCAGCUGGGGGCGCCGACAGCGCGACAGCGGCGACCGGAGGCGGCGGCAGACAACGCGAGAAAAGCGACAGAGAACGGCGAGAAGGUGCCGAGGACGAAGGGGGAAGAGGGGACUGGAGAAGAAGACGAGGAAAGUGUAAUCAUAAAGUGCAGAGAAAUCGGACUCGAUUGGACAGGCCAAGCGUUUGGAGACAACGCCGCAACCGACGAUACCACAGGCCUUCACCUCUGGAGCGCCGCCGUCAUUGGCGCCCAGUGGAUGGCCGAGCUAAGCAAAAAGGGGCGCUUCGCGGGCGCCUCGGUGCUGGAACUCGGCGCAGGCUGCGGCUUGAUGGGCUUGGCGGCUGCGCUGCAUGCGCCCGAGGCGCUUUCGGUCUUUGUGCAGAGUGACGUGUUUCCCCACACCUUGAGGAACCUCGAAAAAGGCCUUUCUGCAAAUGGCUUUUCGCGAGGAAAAGGAGACACCUGGACCAAAGCAGGGCGCGCCCAGCGCGCAUGCAUCCUCGCACUCGAUUGGACUGAGAACCGCACAUGGCCGAGAGUCGCUGAGGGAUCGCCGAAGCGAGAAGCCUUCGAGGGAGACGGCGAGGAGAAAGAGACGCUGCAGCAAUUCGACUUCAUCUUGGGGAGCGACUUGCUCUACGAUCGGAAAAUGCUUCCACCGCUCGUGGAGGUCGUGGCGUCUCUGCUGAAGAAACCUGCGGGGACUUUCUACUACGUCCAUCGUCUCCACCGUCAAGGCGCAGGCGAAUUCGUCGACGCGCUCCGACGGCGAGGCCUCAAGUGCGAGGAGCGGUCGCCGCCGGAGGAGUAUUUUUCGAAUCCUUUCGUCGACAAGACAGACGCGGAAGCAGAACUUCACCUCCCGGAGUUCUCGUCCAGAGACUUUGUGAUGGUCCGUUGCGCGUGGAGAUGAUGCGGCCAUGAACCGCGGAAGGUGGAGGUGAAGACGAGCACGAAGGCCAGCGAAAGUCCGAGCAAAGCGCAGCGAAUGGAAAAAAGAAUCAACAGGCCAGGCAGCGGGGACCCGGGAUCAUCGGACGCGCAGAGUGAGACAAGCAGACCUCGAUGAAUGCUGAGAGCCUGGGGCGUCGACCGGCCUCGAGGUCUCAAAACGAAGCGAAGAAGGACAUGCAGUUGCGAUUCGAUUAAAGAGUUACCGAUUCGCGUUUCAGGAUGGGAGGCCUCUUGGUCUGUGUUUUGAAACAAAUGAAGCUUCAGUUGAGUGAAACGGGCGGCUCUGGCGGCCUCGUGAACCAGCCGUUGUGUGCACUCAGCGUUUGCGUUUUUUCUGCAUGCAAAUGUGCGAAGGGAGAGGCGCCUGAACGAUGCGCGAACGCGACUCUUCGCGGUGAGGAUCAGUCUCAGUGGAUCGCGUAGAAGAGAAGCAAACAUCUUGGAGGAACUCGACGCAGUCGUCGCGACGCAAACACACAGAGACCCUUGCCCCGCAGGCCCCAAAAUGGCGUCCAGAUCUGCCAAGAGACCCAGCAGACGCCACACCUCCAGAUUGGCAUGCGCGU